GGAGGAGAGCGAAGGCUUAGAGAUAGUCUUGUUUUCCCAGGAGCCAGCCCGGAUCAUUUGUUGGCAGUACAUAUUGGCUGAAGUCAGUUUUCAUUUCAAGAUGCUUUCUUCCAAUGGGCUUUUGAUAUAGGAUGUUGGAGAACCAAGAGCAGGAGGAGGUGAUCACUGUGCGUGUUCAGGACCCCCGUGUGCAGAAUGAGGGAUCCUGGAAUUCUUAUGUGGAUUACAAGAUAUUCCUCCAUACCAACAGCAAGGCCUUUACUGCCAAGACUUCCUGUGUGCGUCGCCGCUACCGUGAGUUCGUGUGGCUAAGAAAACAGCUACAGAGAAAUGCUGGUUUAGUGCCAGUACCUGAACUUCCGGGCAAGUCUACCUUUUUUGGCAGCUCAGAUGAGUUCAUUGAGAAGCGACGGCAAGGUCUGCAGCACUUCCUCGAGCAGGUUCUGCAGAGUGUGGUCCUCCUGUCUGACAGCCAGUUGCACCUCUUCCUGCAAAGUCAGCUUUCGGUGCCUGAGAUAGAAGCCUGUGUCCAGGGCCGGAGUCCUAUGACUGUUUCAGAUGCCAUUCUUCGCUAUGCUAUAUCUAACUGUGGCUGGGUCCAGGAAGAAAGACAGGGCUCCUCUCACCUGGCUAAAGGAGACCAGCCCAAAAGUUGUUGCUUUCCUUCAAGAUCAGGCAGGAGGAGUUCUCUCACACCACCUCCUGGGGAAGAAAAGGACCAUUUUGCAGUGUGGGCGCCUAGUGUUGAUGCUGAUGCUUCUUCCUUGGAAAACCCUCCUCUCCCACCCCCUUCCUCACCAUCACAUUGUGAUUUUGUAAAACUUGAUGGAGAAACCUCUACUUCUCAGCCUGUGAGGAGGGCCAUGGGUGGGGACUAUGCUGUGCCUUUGGACCCUGAUCAGUUAGAAACAAUUUUGGAAAAGUGAGCUCUUGGUUCUGUUCAGAGGUGGACAGAGAAGAUGCAGCUAAAGAAAUUGGUCCAGGCGGGAUUGAGCACAAGGCAGGUGUUGGGGAGGUGGGCUCCUUAACGGCUUGCAGUUGCCUCUGCUUGAUUUGGGAGGCCAGACACAGCAACUCAAAGCUCCCCCGAUAGGACUAACACUGUGUAUAUGUUUGAAAGUUAAGUUUAAGGCCCAGGGGCUGUUGGUUUUAAACAGAAUUCCUUCCUUCUUCUCAGGGGAACUAGGUUUCUUCAGAUGUUUGUUUAUGGGCCCGGGAGCACUGCUUCAAGUGACUGGGUUUUGGGGUUCUGUACAUGGCUGAGUCUAAAAACGCCAUACUGAAUAUCGUUCCAACAGAAAUGCUUAUGCAGUUGUACACCCACUGGCUGUCUUUGCUGCAGUUCCUGCUGUUCUUGGCUGCAGCCUCUGAAGCACUUUACUUGUGUUAGUCUAGCCUCUUGUCUACCUCCUUGUAUGGGUAGGGUGGUGAAUAUUUAUUCUCCCACCUCCUCGUGCUUCCUCCAUUAAUACCACUGAAUGGAAUGGUGCUGUGACUCCUGUCACUGGAGUUUCUUGCAAAUUCCUAGAAUGGCUUUGUGGGGACCAAGGCCUUCAUAAUAGCUCACAGCUACCCAUGAAAGCGAGGAGUUGGUCACAGCCAAAGGAAAGGCAGUCCCAAGGCUUUGUUUUGGAAAAGGCUGUCCUGGCCCGUCAUUGUCUCUUCUGUUUGUAAAACAGAGAUGUGACUACCUAUUCUGCAGGAGUAGAGCCAGCCAGCUCCUUUCCUUCCUGAAGCCUUUUCUUUUCCCUUAGUAACAGCUCCCUGCCCUCAGGGCUUCAGCUGCCACAGCGUCCCUCUGCUGUGUUGUGGGGAGGCCGUCUGUUCAGUCCAAUGGGGUGCAAGGGCUUUGUUUCUGCCUGGAGAGCGGGCUCUGGGGAUGUAGAUGAAGAACAACAUGUCUUUCUCAGACAAUGAGGCAUUCUGCCCUCCCGCUGCAGUAAUUCCUCUCCACUGAGAGCCAGAGCUGGGGAGAGAUGAGUGCCGCUGGCAUUCGGCAUUGCUCUGCACUUGAGUUUGUGUGUGGUUCUUCUCCUUCUCGCCCACUCCUCCCUCCUCUGGCCAUUCCACCCUGUCUGUGGGCACUUUCACUCCCAGCCUGUGCUGUGGGACUGUCAUGGCAUUUGGUCCAGAGUUGAGGGGGUUUGGCCUGAAAUAAAACUCUAGUAUUUAA